AUGGACCGCUCGCCGACGAACGCCGGCCGCGCGCGGCACGGGCUCCUCGGCCGCGUCUCCGGACUCUUCUCCUCGCCGUCACCCAGCCCAUCGUGUGUUGCACUCAAUGGCAAGGCGGUGGUGGCGAAGCUGAAGGAGGAGCUCGAGAAGCAGCGCGAUCUCAAGGAGACGUACAAGGCUCGGCUGGAGAGCACGCAGGCGUAUCUCAGGUUCUGCCUCGAUGUCGCCCAGGAGCACGGCUUCUUGCACCUCAUGUCCAGCUCCAACGGCGACGGCGAGUCGUGCUCCCCUCCCCGCGACGCCCGAGAUGCCGACGACGACGACGACGAAGAGGAUGGUGCAGAAGCACCGGCCUGCGACCCGUACUUCGCCACCACCAGAGACCUCGCCGUGCAGCACGGCUGGUCCGUCUCUCCGGACGAGGUGCCUGCGCCGCCAUGCAUCCGAGCCUAUCUUGUGAUGCUCCGAGCCUCCGACCAUGGAUAGCAGAUCGAGCUGCACGAGAUGAUAGGGGAAGGGUCGACGGCGGAGGUGUACAGGGCGACGUGGAGGGGGCUCGACGUGGCGGUGAAGUGGAUGCGCGCCGAGUUCUUCCUCGCCGACCCGGGCCGCGGCGAGGCGUUCUUCGCGCAGGAGCUCGACGCGCUGUCGCGGCAGCGGCACCCGCACGUGCUGCGGCUGAUGGCCGCGUGCCUGCGGCCCCCGGCGAGCUGCUUCCUCGUGACGGAGCUUCUGGCCGGCGCGACGCUGGCGCGGUGGCUGCACGGGGACGACGGGGGCAGACGGGAGAGGCGGCGCCCGUCCUCGCCGCCGCCGCUGGUGGACAGGGUGAGCAGAGCGCUGGAGAUCGCGCUGGCGAUGCGCUACCUCCACGAGCAGACGCCGACGGUCGUGCACCGCGACCUGAAGCCGAGCAACGUGCUCCUCGACGGCGAUUCGCGCGUGCGUGUCGCCGACUUCGGCCACGCCAGUUCAACAUUUUUAGGGACUUAUGUGUAUAUGGCUCCCGAAAUCAUUCGCUGUGAACCAUACACCGAGAAAUGCGACGUCUACAGCUUCGGCAUCAUACUGAACGAGCUAGUAACCGGGGAGCAUCCGUAUAUAGAUACUGGUUACGGGCCUAGCAAGAUUGCUUUGGAAGUAGCAGAUGGGAAAUUAAGGCCAAAACUUGCAGAAAGAGGCGUGAAUUCUAGCGUCCUGAAUGAUCUCAUCUGUGGAAUGUGGGAUGCUGAGCCUUCAAGAAGGCCUUCAUUUGCCACUAUAACCUCGGCACUCCAAGAAAUCAAGCAGCAGCUUAUGUAACAAAAGAGGACAGAACUAGCGUCUUUAUUUAUUUGAAACUUGGUUGCA